GGAAGGUACAAAAGACACGCAGUGGGUGGAACUGAAAUCGCUUAUUUCGCCGCUCGCCAGCAGUCACCAUAGAUACGCGCCCCAGUGGGACGGUUGUUUGAUGAAAUUCGGCCGCCGUGCUCAGAAUGCAUUGGCCGCAUUUUCCGAAUUUCUGCACACCGGAAAAAUCGAUAAACGUUUGAGCUGUUGUCAUGUGCACUCAAUGCCAAGGUGAUAAUCGAAUAUUUCGCGAGAGUUGAGUUGCAGCGAGAGAGCAGACGCUUCUCAGCAUGAUUCAGUUUGUGACUUGAGAGGCGAAGGGCGGCGCGAUGUCUGUUUUGAGGGAUGCGUGCGAUGAAGCUGAGAGACGGAAAGCCCGCGAAAGGGACCUGAUCCUAGAGGGCGAGGCCCUGUGGAGAUCGAAGCAGCGUCAAACUUGGAUCGACAGACUAAAGGAUCAGAGAGAGAAUCGGGAAUUGUUAACGACAUACAAUCCCUGGGGAAGACCAGGAUGCGGAGCACCGACGGACGAUUUGCGGAAAAAAAAAUUCGCCGAAGUUGCAAGGGAUCCACCGCCAAUUCCUGCUCUGGCAAUGGGUAGGCCUGGGGGCGGCGCACCCUUGCGCACCAAGUCAGGAAAACUGCAGACAAUACUGAAGGUGGACCCUGCUAUCAGGUUCCAAGACCCGGCAAAAAAGUGUGUCGAGAUAGAGAUGCGGUAUCGAGCUCCACAGACGCAGCAAAUCGAGUACAAAAGUGAAUUAGGUAAGAAUUUUGCCAAAUUUGCACACUUUUACUGCUCAUUUAAUUUAUAUCAUUCAGAUGCUCUGGUGUCGGAGAAGAAAAGGUUGCAAAGCGAGGUUUGGAAAAACUGCAAUAUGGAAGCCAGGAAAAUGGGAUGGAUUAGUGACCCAAACAUCAGUGCCAGGGAUGAGGGAGAGAACAGCACCACAGACAAUCAUGAAAAUUACACAACACUGCCUAAAAUUAGCCAGGGUCAUGCACCUUUGCUUCAGGAUCGACAUUUCGAUGUUCUACAUUCGAGACACCCUUUGAGCACCACUGACGUCACGCGACUUCAAGUUCCUGGAUUUCCCGAGGUCAGGCAACACGAAGACCAAGAUUUGGUGCACACGUUGCAGAGACAAGUCAUGUACAAGCAGAAGAAACUCGAGGAGCUGCGUCGGCGCGAAGUUGAGUCCUGUCAAAGACACUUUGAAACUUGGAACAAGUUUUGGGGCCGCCCAGGACACGGAGCCCCUCGCAUAAACGCACCACCACCAAGGUUCAACGUGAACGACUUUUUCGACAACGAACUGAAGGAUGAUUUCAAACUAAGCAUGAUCAAGUGAAAAUUACGGGGAAUCGUUAAAGCGAAACGCAAAUAAAUGUCAACCUGGCUGCGUUGAAUGGGUACCGCAAUGCGACGGAGUAAUGAUGGAGUGCUAGUUGUCGGUUUGUACUGUGCGCCGUAAAAUUAAUGAGCGACGGCGCGUGUGUGUAUGAAUCUUUUGUUCGGGUAUAAAAACAUCCUGUGAAAUUGCGCGAACGUGCCACCUUCGAGUAACUAGUAGACGGCACGAUUUUCUCUUUUUGCUCUUAUUGGGCACCGAUUUUGCUGAGCAAUUGGUCAAUUUUGUUGAUUCCAAAGAUGACACUGCUGACGAAAUUGCUUGAAACGCCAUAAAUCAUGAAAGCGAAGGAUUUCUUGGGAAAAUGUUUCGUUUCUACACAAAAAUGGGCAGUGCAUAUAUACCGACCAAAAGAAAAGGUUGAUGUACGUUGAACUGCCACUAUGAACGACAGCUUAUAUUUUGUUCAGUUUAUUAAUCCAUUAAUUUUUGGGUAAAUGUGGCAAAAUGUGUUGGGGUUUUCGUGUAAUGUGUUUAGCAACUUAACUAAAAGAAAAGUCUCUCAAACUGAGAGAAAUUGUUUUGCUUUACUUAAAUCUGGUUGACUGCCACUUAACUUGUAAAAAAUAAGGCGAUGACUUUUGAAGUUUCCUGUGCGUAAACUUCAUAAGUACGCGCUGUGGCACGUAGUUUAUGUGCACAACAGGAUAAUUAUAAUGUCAAAUUUAUUAGCGUGUCAUGUGUGCGGCGGCGACUUCUGAUGCAUGAGCGCUAACAAAGUGAAAUUCAGCAGCCUUGCUGUUUGCUAAAUUUGUCCUCACUUGUCUUAUAUGGAAGGAAAAUAUUGCUGAUUUUGCUGUGAAUAUCCUGCAGAAGAUUUUGUCCUCGAGCAUAAGGAUAGCAGAAAUUAGGAUCAACAAUCCUGUUACCCUAAAUGUAAUUCUUAUAGAGGGGGACAGGAUUUUUGGCCCACUGUCUACUAUCCUUACUCGAGCACAUUCAAAUUCAAGAAUCAAAACAAUUAAAAUAAGGAAUCUAGAAUUGGUGUAUUAUCCUCAGUAUGCUUGGAGUUUGCGUUUUGCUUGCAAGAUGCGGUGUAUGUCUUUCAGAUUGUUACGUUGAGAAUUGUCGUUAGGAAUUUUUAAUAAAAUUGUUAUCCUCUUAUUGAC